AUGGGAAGUUCAUCAUCCACAACCGCAACUGCAUACAUUGCGAAAGAUGGGAAGAAAUUUUGUUGCGGGAUAUACGCUACAAUGUACCUUGUUCGUGGUGAAUCUCGUAACCCGCCGUAUCAUACGGUCUAG